CCCCGGCUCCAAACACCCUCGCCUCCCACCGUCGCCGUCGCCGCCGUCGCCGUUUCUUUUCUUCCUCAUCGGGGCAUCGAGAUCCCGCUGUCUCUGCCCCGUCCGCAAGUGUCUGAUGAGAUUUUUCUUUUAUCCAGCCAUUAAUUGAAUCCCUCCGACCUUCACGACUUGUGGGUGUGCCGCUGCACGCCCGGCACACCUUCUAGAUCCGCCUCUGCGAACAGGCAUGGUGAAGUCUCCCAACAGCACCCCCAAGGCCAAGGCCAAGGCGGCCUCUGCCGGCGGUGUGGCCAGGCCGUCCCAGGCGAGCGCUUCCAGCCCUGGUUCCGCCAAGAUUUCCAAGUUUAGGAAACGGAAGGCUAAGGUUGCAGCAACAGCUGCUGUGGCAGCCUCCGCGGGUGACGGGUCUGCCUCUGCUUCCGUGCAGAAACCACCCACCGCUUCGCCUGUGGCAUCCUUGAAGCCAACCACGGCAGCGGAAGGAUCAUCUGCUGCCCAGGCGCUUGCACCAAAGGCAGACACCGCUGAAGCAUCGGCUGCAAAGCCGAAGCUGAAGCCGGAUGAUGCUGCAGCUGGCACCAGCAAUGGGGUGGGUGCUAGCGGUGGUGAUGGCAGGAAGAGGGCCAAAAGAGAGCGGAAGAAGGAGAGGUCUAUGGCCUGGAAGGGAAAGGGGAAGGAGGAGGAGGCGCAGGGGCAGGGGAAGAAGGAGGACAGGAAGGAAGACCGGAGCAAGAAAGAAGUGGGGAGUGGUAGCAAGGGAGCAGGGCUUAUUUUCAUGUGCAAUGCACAGACUAAGCCCGAGUGCUUCCGCAACCGCUUGUUUGGAAUGCCCAUGGGCAAGAAAGAGAUGGUGGAGAAGGUCCGACCAGGGACAAAGCUUUUCCUUUAUGAUUUUGACUUGAGGCUGCUAUACGGAGUGUACAAUGCGACAUCAAAGGGCGGAGUGAACCUUGUCCGAGAUGCAUUUAAUGGAAAAUUCCCUGCCCAGGUGAAAUUUAAGACUGAUAAAGAUUGCCUUCCUCUUCCUGAGAGUAGUUUCAAGCAUGCCAUCAAAGAGAACUACAGUGCAAGCCGCAAGUUUGACCCUGAGCUCAACUCUACACAAGUUCGUAGGCUAAUGGACCUAUUCAAGCCUAUCAAUGUACCUCAAUCAGCUCCAGAGGAAAGGCACCGCUAUGAGGAAAGAAGGAAUCUCCAUCAAUAUGAAGAUAGGAGACAUGCAUUGCCCGUUGAAGAAAGACGCCAGCAGGUGGUUGCACAGGUUCCUCCUCCUGAGGACUCAUAUAGGGCACCACGCUUGGCUCCAUUUCCUACAGAGUCCGGACAUGGUCAAUUUUUGACUAAUGUCCAGGGUGAUCAUAUAUAUUAUCAGCAAGCACUUCCUGCACCGGAGUCUCGGCACAUUGCUCUUGCCCCAGAGCCUCGCCAUGUGCCUUCUAUACCAGAGCCUCGACAUGUCCCACUAGCGUAUUACCACCAUUUGGCUCCUUCAUCUGAUGAUUCCUACUACCGCUCUCGAGUGGAUCCAUUGCAUGAGCGCAUUGCCGCCAGAUCACCUCCAAGGGAUUAUAUAGCACAGCCUGGGGAAUUGUCUGCUCGUGCUGACCGCUUGGAGGAGCUCUACCGGACUGGUAAUGUUGCUGUUCGUGGUGCUCGCCUGGAGGAUCUUUACCGUUCAGGAGAGAUUUCUGUUCAUGGUGCUCGUCUGGAGGAUCCUUACCGUCCAAGAGAGAUUGAUGCCCGUGGUGCUCGCCUGGAGGAUCCUUACCGUCCAAGAGAGGUUGAUGCCCGUGGUGCUCACAUGGAAGAUCCUUACCGUCCAGGAGAUGUUGAUGCCCGUGGUGCUCGUGUGGACGAUCUCUACCGCCCAGGUGAGAUUGCUUCUCGUGGUGUUCGUAUGGAAGAUCACUACCGUCCAGGAGAGAUCACCACUCGCGAUGCUCGUGCGGAGGAUCUGUACCAUCCUGGAGGUGUUGCUGCUCGUGGUUCUUAUGGGGAGCUCUACCGCUCUGACCGGCUUGUCACUCGUGCUGUGGAUCCCCCGCGUCAUCCUUAUGAGACUUCAGACCAUGCUUAUGCUGAAACCAGCCAGCGGCCUGUCUCUACAACAAGGGCCAAUGGACCUGGCGUGCCGGUCUCGUCUCUCUAUUCCUUUGCUGGAGCACCUGUCUAUCGAUGAUUAGCUCUCCGCGACGUGCCCUUGAGCUGUCUGUAUUUGCCAAUAGUGCUGGAUGUUUUCCUUUUGGGUAAAGUUAUAUCUCAACUGUAAGAAGUCAGGAUGUUGUCUCUAUGUUGUAUACCUGUUAAACUGCUUAUCCUGUUAAACUGCUUACUGGAUGAAAUGGCAUUCAGGUUCAAACC